AUGGCCUUCCAACAAUCAACCCAACAGCGCCACGGAAACUGCGACAGCUACUUUGUGGAGAUGGAGGACGAGGGUAUCUACGCGAUCCGCGCUGAGGCUAGGGAGCGCUCUCGGGCUAUUGCUAGGAUGCAGCAACGUGCGUUGGCGGAUGAGCUCUCGAGAAUGACGGCGGAGGAAUACCAGGAGGAUGUUCUGGACCACAUGGAGCACAUGGAGGCCGAGACGAUGCCAGACGUCAACUCCAUCGACAUUCAAACCGAGAUCCAGUGGUUCAUGCGCCCUUACCUCCUUGACUUCCUCGUCGAAGCUCACGCUGCCUUCCAACUUCUCCCCGAGACCCUCUUCCUCGCCGUCAACCUCCUCGACCGCUACUGCUCUCGCCGCGUCGUCUACAAGCGUCACUACCAGCUCGUCGGUUGCGCCGCCCUCCUGAUUGCUGCCAAGUACGGUGACAGGAAGGAGCGCGUUCCCACCGUCCGCGAGCUCAAGUCCAUGUGCUGCUCGCUGUAUGACGAUGAGAUGUUCACUCAAAUGGAGUGGCACGUUCUCCAAACCCUCAACUGGAUUAUUGGCCACCCUACCGUCGAUGGCUUCCUGCAGAUUGCCAUGUCCGAAACCACCUACGAUUCCGAGGUCGAGCACAUGGCCUGGUACAUCAGUGAGAUUGCCCUGUUCCACAAGGAAUUUGUCUCCGUCCGCCCCUCCGUCCUUGCUCGCUCUGCGCUUGCUCUGGCUCGCUGCGUGCUCGGUCGUUCGCAGACCCGCAACUCCGAGUGGGCUGGCACCUACGACCCCGUCGUGGUCCUCAACCUCUCUCACCACCUCUACCAGCCGUCUCAAGUUCUUUCUAGGAAGUACGCCUCGAUGCACCUAUCCGCCGUUUCCACCACCGUCGAAGAGUUCCUUCAGCGCCAACAGCAGAUUGCCCGCCGCAACAUCACGCCUCCCACGCCCCCGGCCAUGGAGACAGACAAGCCUGCUGCUGAUUGUUACCUGACCCCGUCCACCCCCCAGAAGAGCCACUAUGACGCUGUGAUGGCUCACGGUUGCCUUACUCCGCCGAUCACCCCUGAUCAGGAGUUUGGUGGCAACAGCUAUGCCAAGAUCGCCCCUAGGACCUACCCAGCUACCCCCACAUCGGCCCCCGCGGACAUGCAGCAACAAAACCAGGGCCAGUACAACUACCAGCAGUACCUUCAACCUCGCAUGAUGCAAUAG